ACCUUCUCUCCUGCCUCGUUGUAGGCGUGAAUGACACACCUGUUAGCACUCCUAUAUACAUUCAUUUUGAAGGAUUCAUUUGUUGAUUUCCAUAUUUUGGCGUUUGCACCACUUAUGACCAUGUGCUAGCCUAAUUGCCUUGCUGUUAUUAAUUGGAGAGGCAUUUUGCCAAUUUAGUUGUGAGCUUAUUACAAUACUUCAGCUAUUCCUGGUGUGCAUAUGGUGCAUCCAGUCAUCCUUUGACUGGAGUCAUGUCAUAGUAUUGCCAACCCAGAUUAAGUGUUCCCUGAAGUCUAGACAGCAUGUUAUAUUUUAUCAGUUGACGUCAGAGUGUCGAUGUCCCCAGUAUCAGUGUCCCCUGUUGAGAGAUAAUAUAUGGCGGGCCGCUGUAUCUCACUUCUCGGAAUGCUGCUGCAGGAAGGAAACAAUACUGAGGUCCCACCCACACAAGCUUCUCCCUAUCCGGCUCUUCCUGGAUCUGAAGUCCACAUCUGUUAACCUACGUCCUAAAGAUGAGCUACCCAGGAUACCCUCCUCAGUCAGGUGGAUACCCACCACAGGCAGGAGGCUACCCACCUCAACCAGGGGCAUAUCCACCCCAAGCAGGCGGCUACCCACCAGCAGCAGGGGGCUACCCACCAGCAGCAGGCGGCUACCCUCCUGCAGCAGGAGGCUACCCCCCACAGGCAGGUGGAUUCCCACCCCAGGCCGGUGGUUACCCUCCAGCAGCAGGCGGUUACCCUCCAGCAGCAGGGGGCUACCCUCCCCAGGCUGGUGGCUACCCUGCCCCCGCUGGAGGCUUCCCUCCUCAGGCAGGAGGAUACCCACCACAGCCUGGAGCAGGAGGCUAUCCAUCCAUGCCUCCAGCAGGUGGAGGCUGGGGUGCAGCACCAGGCGGCUAUGGCGCGCCAGGAGGGGCUCAGCAGGGAUACCCAGGGGGCCCUGCCCCAGGCCAGCAGCCCAUGCCAAAUUACCCCGGCGCCCCCACUACUAACCCCUCAAUGCCUGGACAUGGAAGUGGAGCUCCAUCCCACCAACAGGCACCUGCCAUUCCUAAAGGGUACAGGGGCUCUAUUAAAGACUUUCCUGGGGCUGAUCCACUGAGGGAUGUUGAAGUUCUUCGAAAGGCUAUGAAGGGUUUUGGCACUGAUGAAAACGCCAUUAUUGAACUUCUGGGAAGUCGUACCAACAAGCAGAGGGUUCCAAUGGUAGCAGGCUACAAAACAACUUAUGGGAAGGAUUUAUUCCAUGAUCUGAAGUCUGAGCUCACUGGACACUUUGAAAAACUGGUUCUCGCCAUGUUGAUGAGACCAGCGUACUUUGAUGCAGCUGAACUCCGCGAGGCUAUAAAGGGUGCAGGAACUGAUGAAGCGUGUCUGAUUGAGAUUCUUUCAUCACGUUCCAAUGCUGAGAUUUGUGAAAUCACCAAAGUCUACAAAGCUGAGUAUGGGAAGAGCCUGGAGGACGCCAUCAGCAAUGACACCUCCGGUCAUUUCCGCCGGCUCCUGGUCUCUCUCUGUCAGGGAAAUCGUGAUGAGAGAGAGACUGUUGACAUUUCCCUGGCCAAACAGGAUGCACAGAAACUGUAUGCUGCUGGGGAAAAUAAAGUAGGAACUGAUGAGUCUCAGUUUAAUGCCAUCCUUUGUGCUCGCAGCAAGCCUCACCUUCGGGCAGUCUUCCAGGAGUACCAGCAGAUGUGUGGGAGAGACAUUGAGAAGAGCAUCUGCAGGGAAAUGUCUGGCGAUUUGGAGUCUGGCAUGGUGGCUGUGGUGAAAUGCAUCAGGAACACCCCUGCCUACUUUGCAGAAAGGCUCCACAAGGCCAUGAAGGGAGCAGGCACCAAGGACCAAACCCUGAUCCGCAUCAUGGUAUCCCGCUCUGAGGUGGAUAUGUUGGACAUCAGACAGGAGUAUGUGAGGGCCUAUGGAAAAUCACUGUACACUGACAUCUCAGGUGAUACCUCCGGGGAUUACAAGAAGCUGCUGUUGAAGCUGUGUGGAGGUAGUGACUAAAAGGCAAGGAAGAUGACCUCUUGUAAGGACGUUAUACAUGUCCACACUGAAACAAUGUUAUAGGACCUUAUAUCAACCUCUGAUGCAUGCAGUUAAUGUUAGUUUUCUUAUGACUAUCAAUCAAUCAAUAUUAAUUUUGUAUAAUUCAGAUACAUGUUAAUUUUUUGCCACUUUAUUGUAGUAUGUGAUUGGCAGAUGGUAAAUAUAUAUAUUAAUAUGAAGAUUUUUUUCAAGAUGCAGUAGAUAGCUUUAUCAUUUUUGGGUAAAAGGUGGAGUCCUAAAGAAAAAAGUGGGUGAAAAUGUUAUAUUACUGUUCUAACCACUAUUGAGAAGUAUUAAAAAUGUCAGACCCGA